AUGGUGAGUUUUGAUUUUGAUGUUGAGUCACUUUUCACCAAUGUUCCAGUGAAAGAAUGUCUCGAGGUGGUUCGGACGAGGCUUGCGGACAAUGAGAUACUGGGGUCAGUCAUGGUGUUGCUACGAAACUGUUUGGAAGGUAGCUACUUUUUAUAUCAGCAUAGGCAUUAUCUCCAGAUUGACGGAGUUGCUAUGGGCAGCCCUGUGGCGCCGGUGUUAGCGAACAUCUGGAUGGAGCAUUUUGAGACUAACAUAGACCUGCAACCAUGGGCAGUGAAAUUAUGGAAGCGAUAUGUCGAUGAUGUCUUUUGUAUCAUGAAAGGUGGAAAACAAGAAGUUGAGCAACUACUCCAGUAUCUCAAUUCCAUUCAUUCAAGGGUAAAAUUUACAUAUGAACUGGAAUCGGAACGCAGUUUACCUUUUCUGGACGUAAAAGUGGUAGGUCGGAUGGAUGGUACUCUGGCGUACACUGUCUACAGGAAGCCUACACACACAGACAGAUAUCUUAACGCUCUGUCUCAUCACCACCCCCGUCACCUGCUGUCCGUCGUGAACUCCUUAAAGAACAGGGCGCGUGACUUGUGUGACCCGGAAUUUCUUGAGAGUGAGUUGUCACACGUUCAGGGGUUCUUAGAAAGAAUGGGUACAGAUUACACAGUAGACAGCCUAGACGAAAGCCGAGGGGAAGCAUCCAGAUGUUCCAAGGCGACCAGCUUUUAUGCCCUACGUCAGAGGUGUGACGGACAAGGUCGGGACGGUACUAGGGAAGUAUUCUAUACGUACCGUGUACUUACCGAUGUCCAAAGUGUCAGGGCAACUUAG